AUGAUUUUCAAGCUCCACCACCAUAAUAAUAACAUCAUCUUCAGGCCCCUCAUCACUCCUCUCUUCCAGGUCCCAAGAUCGGAUCCAGAGCUUCUUCAAUCAACCAACAAGAAUCACAAGAUGUCGUCGAAUCUGCUGUACCUCUUCGUCGUCUUGGGAUUUGCAAUCGUAACAGGUCCUGUUACGGUAGAUGGGCUUGGUGUGAACUGGGGAACAAUGGCAACACACAAGCUUCCACCAAAGACAGUUGUUCAGAUGCUAAAGGACAACAACAUCAACAAGGUCAAGCUUUUCGACGCAGACGAGACCACCAUGAGCGCACUCGCUGGCUCUGGUCUCCAAGUCAUGGUCGCUAUCCCCAAUGACCAGCUCAAGGUCAUGGGAAGCUACGACAGAGCCAAAGAUUGGGUUCGCAAGAACGUCACUCGCUACAACUUCAACGGCGGUGUCAACAUCACGUUUGUAGCUGUUGGGAAUGAGCCAUUCCUCAAAUCAUACAACGGAUCAUUCAUAAACCUCACGUUCCCUGCACUUCAAAACAUUCAAAACGCUUUAAACGAAGCAGGACUAGGAAGCUCCGUGAAAGCAACGGUUCCCUUAAACGCCGAUGUCUACGACUCCCCAGCGAGCAACCCCGUGCCAUCUGCAGGAAGAUUCCGUCCUGACAUCAUCGCUCAAAUGACUCAGAUUGUGGACUUUCUUGGCAAGAACAACGCUCCCAUCACAAUCAACAUCUACCCUUUCUUGAGUCUCUAUGGCAACGAUGACUUCCCUCUCAACUACGCCUUCUUCGAUGGCACUCCUCAGCCUGUAGAUGACAACGGCAUCUCUUACACGAACGUCUUCGAUGCAAAUUUCGACACUUUGGUGUCGUCUCUGAAAGCUGUUGGUCAUGGAGACAUGCCUAUCAUCGUUGGAGAAGUCGGGUGGCCAACGGAGGGUGACAAACACGCGAACACAGGCGAUGCUUACAGAUUCUACAACGGUCUUUUACCAAAGCUUGGAACAAACAAAGGCACUCCGUUGAGACCAAUCUACAUUGAGGUCUACUUGUUUGGAUUACUCGAUGAGGAUGCGAAGAGUAUAGCACCUGGAGACUUUGAGAGGCAUUGGGGGAUAUUAAAGUACGACGGGACACCGAAGUUUCCUAUAGAUCUGUCAGGUCAAGGACAGAACAAGCUCUUGGUUGGUGCUCAAAACGUGACGUAUCUACAGAACAAGUGGUGUAGCUUUAAUCCAGAAGCUAAAGAUUUGACGAAACUCGCUAAGAACAUUGAUUUCGCCUGCACUUACUCGGAUUGCACGGCUCUUGGCUAUGGAUCUUCUUGCAAUGGUCUUGAUGCAAAUGGGAACGCUUCGUAUGCGUUUAACAUGUAUUUUCAGGUGAAGAACCAGGAUGAGGAAGCUUGUAUCUUCCAGGGUUUGGCUACUAUUACCACACAGAACAUAUCUCAGGGACAAUGCAAUUUCCCUAUUCAGAUUGUUGAUUCUUCGUCUUCUUCUUCAUUGUCUUCUUCGUCUUUGGUUUUGUUCAUCGCCGGAGUUUGGUUUCUCUUAUCAGGGGCUUAG